AUGUCAUCACUCGCUGGCGCCGACGGGGCGUGGGCGUUCAUCGUCUCGCCUCCACUGCCGACUCCUCUCAACUACAUCCCCUUCAUCUUCCGUGUGAUGGCCAUCAUGCUCGCCGCGCCCUUCGCCCUCGGUGUUGCUCUGGACCUCAUUGCCUACGCGAUUGCACGUACACUGCACAUCUCGGCCUCGAACCUGCGCGUGCCACGCUCGCCGCCCCAUGCGCCUGUGGAGCUGCUGCAGCAGACCGACAGCGCAGAGUCCGAGUCUGACAACGACUCUGACUCGCCUGUUGCCCAUGGCCUCGUCUCUCGCCAGAUGUCGCCCACACACAUGCGUCCUGCCAAGCAGCCCAGCUCUGCUGCAAUCUCCCGCCCGCUCCAGGUCUUGGCCGUCGGAACAAUUCUUGUCGCCGUAUUCCUCCAGUGGUUCACCAAGUCGAGCAACGUCCACACAGCUCUCCGCCUCGCCGAGGACGGCCCAUACGAACGCCCCGCCGCCCUCGUCCUUACCGCGCACCCCGACGACGAGGUCAUGUUCUUUGCACCCACGAUUCUCAACCUGGCGUCGACUGGCUGGGACAUCAUGGCCGUCUGUGUGUCGGAUGGCGACGCAGACAGCCUUGGCGCUGUGCGUUCAGAGGAGCUCUACAACAGCUAUGCUCGCCUCGGGGUCUCCAGGGACAAUGUGACCAUUAUCCGUCAUGCCGACUUGCAGGACGGCAUGUCCAACACGUGGGACCCGCGCUUGAUCGCAAACAUCGUCGCCCCUUACAUCGCACGCCACCACAUUUCGCACCUGAUCACGUUUGAUAACCGCGGCAUCAGCGGCCACCCCAACCACAUUGCACUGUCCGACGUGCACGCGUACCUCUCCGACACUGUCGAGACGGACGCGGACGGCACCACGACCAAAGUCACUCCUCCUCCCCGUCUCUUGCAGCUGCAGACCCCGCCGCUCGCCGUCAAGUUUACCGGUCCGCUGGGGGCCGUGGCGUGCGCGCUCCGUGACCUGCGCAACCGCGGCGCUCACCCAGACACCAAGGGCCUCACCCAGCCCGAGCUGGCCACAUUCGUGGCGUCUCCCGCCCAGUAUGCGCGUGCUAUCCGCGCCAUGCUCGCUCACGGCAGCCAGCUCGUGUGGUUCCGUUGGCUGUACAUUUCCUUUUCCCACUUGAUGUGGGCCAACCAGUUGAUAGAAGUCGUCUUGCAACUGCACGCCAAACCCUCCCUCCGCGGCCGAGCAAGAGGUCUUGUCCCCGCCAAGAACCCCCAACCUCGUGAGAAAGAAGCUCCCCCCACACUAGUAUAG